AUGCUGCUCCCCUCGUUCCUGGUCAUCUUCUUCCUCCUCUCUUUUUUCUUGCUCCUCACUGGGGGCUCAUUUUUCCAGGGAGAAGUCAAAAGUUUGUGCACGAGUGGAUGCUGCCGCUGGGCGGCAGAGAACUGCCAGUCGCACAGCUCCUUAAAGGGGUCCGAGGGCGGCACGUGUCACACGGAGGUGGGUGUCGGAAACUUUCUUUUAAUGAUCUUUCUUCCUUGCCUCCCCCCACUUCUCCUCCACCUACUCCUGUGCCUACCCAGAACUGUGUGUUCCUGUCCCUGGUCCCCAGAGCCUCCCCCAACAGGGGAGGAACAAGGAGGGAGGGGUGAUGCACAGUCAUUGCAAUAA